CAUUCAUCUUCUGCGGUGUUAAGUGUUCACCAAUCAUCUUCCUCAUUCCUCUUUCUUCUUUUCCACACAAAAUCAUGGAUUCCUCCAAGAUUACGGCUCUUUUACUCCUUUCUAUGCUCCUCAUUGCCUCAGCCAAUCCUGUUGAUCCUGACUGUGGCUCCUGCUCCCCUAAGCCCAAAACUCCUAAAGGUCCCAUUACUCUCCCACCAGUUGUCAAGCCUCCUGUAACCCUUCCGCCAGUAACUCUACCCCCGGUGGUGAAGCCACCCAUAACCCUACCGCCCAUUGUGAAGCCACCAGUGACAUUGCCACCGGUCACAUUACCUCCAGUGGUGAAGCCACCUGUGACACUACCUCCUGUCGUGAAGCCGCCAGUAACUUUGCCACCUGUGACACUACCCCCAGUGUUGAAUCCGCCAGUAACUUUGCCACCUGUGACACUACCCCCAGUGUUGAAUCCGCCAGUAACUUUGCCACCUGUGACACUACCCCCAGUCGUGAAGCCGCCAGUAACAUUGCCACCUGUGACACUACCCCCAAUUGUGAAGCCGCCAGUAACAUUGCCACCUGUGACACUACCACCUAUAACACUACCUCCGGUGACAAUGCCACCAGUCACCACGAAGCCGCCAAAAGCAAAACCCUGCCCGCCACCACCGGUUAAGCCUAAAAAACCUAAGCAGGCCAAGUGUCCUGUUGAUACCCUAAAGCUGGGAGCUUGCGCGGAUCUUCUUGGUGGAGUGGUGCACAUUGGUUUUGGAGAUCCCGUUGUGAAUGAGUGCUGCCCAAUUCUUUCAGGGCUGGUUGAUGUUGACGCUGCCGUUUGCUUGUGUACAACACUCAAGCUCAAGGUUCUCAACCUCAAAAUUUUCGUCCCAAUUGCUCUCGAGCUCCUUGUUUAUUGUGGGAAGACACCGCCUCCCGGUUACACUUGCUCUCACUAGAUUGAUCUGAGGUUAAUUUGAUUGAUGCACAAAUGUUGUCGACAUGAGCGGAUGUGAUGUCGAGUCUCCAAUUUGUCAUCUCUUUCUCCUUGAUUGAUGGUCUUUUUCACUGCUUUCUUUUUCUCUUCUGUUGGCUUGGAAUUUGGAAGUGUUACUUUCGGCAUUAUUGUACACCCAUUCAUUAAAAUGAAACUGUAUUCAUGUGUGCUUUUGUAUUAUUGUGUCGUAGGCAAGGAAUUAAUUGAUGAAGAUGGAUGCUUUUAUCAGUUUAUUGUGGUUCCUCAGCUUUCCCAUUCA